GAACUCGCGCGAUAUCAUUAUCAGUUAGGGAUGCUUAUUACUCAGCGUUCGCUCUGACGACAGCUUGGAAACAGGAACAAGAAUAUCUAUUUCCAUCGUCGACGUUGUUGCACGUCAGUGAGGUAGACGUUGUUAAAGUAGAACCUGUGUUAUACAACUGCAAGGAUGAGCACCGAUGCUGAGUUUGUAGAUGGGGCCACAUUUGAAGAAGCCAUGAAAUCUGUUCGGAGUGAUGACACAGGCGACUUGUUUCUGGUGGUCGGACACAUACAGGGUGAUCCAAACCGGUUGGAACUGGUGACAGUUGGUCAGGAGACGUCACAGUUGGUGGAAUACCUUGAGGAUGAUCGGGUCAUGUACGCCCUGGCCAGAUACGAGACCAAGUUUGAUAUGUCUAUCACAGUCAAGUUUGUCUACUUCCGGUGGAUAGGUGAGCAAGUUCCUGUGACAAAGAAGGGUCGGUUCGGUGUGGUACACGGCAGUGUGGUGGAGCGGUUCAACCCCUACCACAGUAUGGUGGAGACCAGUAGUCGGGAGGAUAUCGAGGACAGCAAGAUCUUGCAGAAGCUUGAAGAGACAUCAGGAACCAAGUCCAAGGUCAUCGAGAGCACGGAGGGAAGACAGGAGAGAGGGUUCACUGCUUCCCAACUCCCAAAACGAGGCCCCACUAACAAGUUCGGGGUGAAUGCCAUACCAAAGGAAGGGUCUGCAGUGCAAGUCUCUGACUCUGUGUAUGAGGACAUUGCCGAGGUUCGCAAUGAUGAGCUACCAGUGAGGUGGAUUGUGGCUCAGUACAGAGACUGUAACCCUAAGGGGCCAAUAGACAGCUAUCAGAAGGGGGAAGGAGGGCUCGAUGAACUUAAGGCCUGUCUUGAGCCAGAAAAUGCCAUGUACGCGUUGUACAGGGUUUCCGAUGUCGUCGAUGAUAUUGUCACAGUCAAGUUUGUGUUCAUCACAUGGGUCGGGACCAAGGUCAAGCCCAUGGCAAAGGCGAAGAUAUCCACCCAAAAGGGCACCGUCCAGCAGGUGUUCGGACAGACCCAUGUUGCCUUGUUUGCUACCGACUUGUCAGAUAUCACAGAGAAAGUUAUCAUGGAUAAGGUAACAUCAGCAUCAGGGACGCGAUCCCAUGUGAAGUAAACUACACCAUCAGUAUCGCAACAUCACGACUGCCCUCACUGCAGUGCCCCACGCCACAGUCUCUGCUUGACGGUAUUACACUUGCAGGAGGACCUCACCACUUUGUUCCCCGUGUAUUGUAAUAUCUUGCUACUGCCUUGAUCAUUUCAGUUUUCAGUUUGUUAGAGAUAAAGGCUAUUUAUGAAGAUAAAUGUCUAGUCUCAUCAUUAGUAUAUUUAAAGAACAUAAAUAACAGUGAAACUUGUUAGUCACAGUGUAUUGCUGUAUCUUGUUAAUGUUAUUUCCUUGAUAAUUCUAGUGUUUUCUCUGAUAGAGAUAAAGGUUAUUGAUGAAGACAGAAUUAUAAAAGAGUAAAUGCUAGAAUGAUCACAUGCUUGUUGUGAAAGGCAACUCUCUGGAUGCUCUGGCUCACAGAAUCAGUAUGUUGUUGUAUCCCAAACUUGUAGAUAGAUGCUUAUAUUGUCAAUCACUGGAUUGUCUGGCCCAGACUUAAUUGUUUACAGAGUGUUAUCAAAAAGCUGUUGAAGUGCAGCUAUAUAUAAACAAGCAAAAGAAACCCAACCAAACAGGAUUGGUCUGGUUGUUUGGGUUUCCAGACUUCAGUGUUUCCUCAGUACACAGCAAUAGGACAGAACUUUCAGCUGAAGGAAGUCAAAUUGCAACUUCACAGAUUUAAGAUGUCCUUCACCUUUACACAACCAAUUUUGUUGUCAUAAAUGUUCAUUUAAAUUUCAACAAAUCUUAUUAUGUCAUAAGCCUGUAAUAUUACAUCUAACGAAAUCAUUCUUCCCAUAAUGUUACAGACUCACAUUCAUGAUAAUUACAUUGCAGCUCAACAAGACAUGAAACUUUUUAUGAAAAAUUACUUCAGAGAAGUUCCAUGUCUUUAGUAUUUUCAAGUUCUUCCAACUUCUAAAAUGCCUAUCAGAGACUUGAUUACAUUUUGAACUCUAUUUUUCUGAAAGAUUACAUUUUCAUCUUUUUAUAUACACAGCUAGCCAUAGAACUUUGUGAGAAGUAUGUUGCUACGUAGAUGAUAAUCUUCAUCUUGCACAUCUCACAAGUAACUGUGAGGAAAACAUCAUACAUUAUGCACAGUAGUUGUUGAAGAACAUUAAAAAUGUCUUUUGUGUAUGUCUUAGAUAUAUGUUAUUUUUUAAGAACACUGUGAAGAAGAUUUGAUAAAUGACGUACAGUUUUCAUUUGGGAACAAUUAUGUUGUUUUGUGUGUGUGAGGAAAAUAGUAUUCUUUCUGAUUGGUAUUUCUACUUCCAUUAUAAUGGAUCAAAAUCUGAAUUUGUACGUUUAUUGUUGCUAAUUAUGAAGUGCUUCAUUGCCUUGCCUUUAAGAAAGAAUUCUUGCCUGAUUUUCCUUGUUACCAUAUUUGUUUGCAUGUGUAUGAUAGCUCUUUAACUAUAAUGUAUCAUUGAUAGAUCCAACUUGGUCCAAACUUUACAAUAAAUAUUAAUUUAUUAGUAAUUAUGGUUUUACAAUUUGUGUUGAAUCUUGUAUUAUAGGCAGCAAUGGACAUUAUCAUGUGUCUUUUUCUAAUAGAAUAAUCAAAAUAUAUCAAUUAUUUAGAUAUGUUUUACUUCCUUCAAAACUACCAAUAACUCCAUUGAGAGACCUGUGAUAGGAAGAGCUGGAAACAGAAUCUAUACUUAUACAAUAACUGAUGUAUUGGUAUCUUAUGGUCUUAAUGAAAUUAUGUAUUAGAUUAGUUUUGAGAUGAUCUGAACAUACCAAAUAGACCAGGUGAACAUUUAACAGAGGUUUAGUGAUGGACAGAAGCUAUGGCUUGUUCAGUUUGAUUGUGUCAUUGCUGUUAAAUAUUUCUUAAGGUAGAGACU